AUGAAAAAUAUUCCAGUUGUUAAAUUGCAAAAGAGAAAGCUAAAUGAGAUAUCGGUUGAGGAGGAGAUGUUUCAAAAUAGAGUAUCUUUGAAAUAUCUUAACAGCCUUAUGUGGUAUAACUGGGAUCGGAUUACAGAAUAUACAAUAAAGGGAAAAAUAAUUGGAGUCAAUGGAAGAUUUGGUUGGUGUUACUUAUCUUGCAGUGUUUGUAAGAAGAAAAUUCCCAAUAUGAACAAUAGCAAUUUCUACUGUCUUAAAUGCAACAAGGAGAUAAAAUUUCCACAAAUGAGGUAUAAAGUUGAUAUUGCACUCACAGAUGGGACUGUUGAAGCAGCUUUUAUAAUGUUUGAUUCAGUAUGCCAGAAAUUGGUUGGAUUGUCAUGUUCCCAGUUAUUGAAAACCCAAGAAAACAAUCAUGAAAGAAUUCUAGAUGUUGUAAAUGCUUUUUGUGUUGUUUUCAAAAUUAAGUUGUCAGAAAUUGAUCUGAAACUAGGAUAUGAGACUUAUACUGCAGUUGAAGAGGAAGAUGGAAAGGAUUCAUCAAUAGCAAAUGCGAUUCAACAUCAGGCUUUAACACCAAAAAUUACUGACAAAACAUCAACUACCAAAUCAUCUGUCGAAGAACAAGAACAAUGCAGUAUAAUGCAAUCUUCUAAUUCAGGUACCUCAAACAUAAGUAAAGAAAAGGGUGAAGGAACAGAACACCAAGAGCCAGAAUACAUUGAACAGGAAGAAAAUAUUAUUGAUGAACCUUCAGCUGUUGGUAAGAGAUAUCAAAGCUCUAGAAGGAAAAAAUUGAGAUUUUGA